AUGAUUGAUGAUUGUAAUCAUAUAGGAUUUGUUGUAUGUGCAGAUGAAGAAAUUCGUGUAAAAGGAAGAAAGUUGAAUAGAGCAUUCGAAGGAGAUCUUGUUGCAGUAAGAAUACUUCAUGAACAAGAAGAGGAGGGAGGAGAGGGAGGAGAGGAAGGAGGAGGAGGAGGAGGAGAGGAAGGAGGAGGAGGAGGAGGAGGAGAGGGAGGAGGAAGAGGAGAGGAAGGAGGAGGAGAGGAGGAGGGGAGAGAAAAGGAUAAUAGAGAUAAAGGAAGAAGAAGAAGAAGGAGGAGGAAAUCUAUUACAGAUAUAGAUACAGAUACAGAUGCAGCAACAGCAGCAGAUGCAGCAACAGCAGCAGAUGCAGCAGAUGCAGCAGAUGCAGCAGCAGCAGCAGCAGCAGCAGCAAAAGAAGAAGAGAUGGAGUUAUUACGUGGAGAUUUAUGGGAAGAAAAUGUCUCAGAAGAAGAAGGAGACAAUUUAUUUGCAGGAGAAGAAGAAGAAGAAGAAGAAGAGGAAGAAGAAGAAGGAGGAGGAGGAGGAGGAGGAGAGGAAGAAGGAGGAGGAGGAAGAGGAAAAGGAGGAGAAGGAGAGGAAAAAGGAGAAAAAAAAAAGAAAAAAAAAUACAGGGAUGGAGAAAUACAUCGUUAUACUGUUCUUCUGCCUCAAUAG